AACUAUUUGUGGUCGGCGUGGUGGAAGGACACAGUGAGGUUCUCACCUCCGCCCCCCGCCCGUUGCUCGCAUCCCCAGUUCCAUCAAAGCCAACCCGGACCAGCGCAGGGAUCUCGGAGUUGCGAGGGUGCUGAGGCUGGGACUGUCACUCAUUCUCCGCUCAGCGCGUGAACGCAGCUCGGCAGUGGCUGGCAGGAAACAAUUCUGCAAAAAUAAUCUUACCCAGCCUGGCAAUUGUCUGCUCCUCGGUCCGUUGCUCCGCCGCCGUCCACAGUCGCUAGCAAGGGGAAGGCACAGAAUUUACCGCGGCCAGAACAUCCCUUCCAGUGGCAGUUUACAAUGCUGCGAACUACGGAUCUCAUCUGGACUUUGUUUUUCCUGGGAACCGCAGUUGCUCUGCAAGUGGAUAUUGUUCCCAGCCAAGGAGAAAUCAGCGUCGGAGAGUCCAAAUUCUUCCUGUGUCAAGUGGCAGGAGAAGCCAAAGAUAAGGACAUCUCGUGGUUUUCACCAAAUGGGGAAAAGCUGAGCCCGAACCAGCAGCGGAUCUCUGUGGUGUGGAACGAUGACGACUCCUCUACACUCACCAUCUACAAUGCCAAUAUCGAUGAUGCUGGCAUUUACAAGUGUGUGGUCACAGGCGAGGAUGGCACCCAGUCCGAAGCCACUGUCAACGUGAAGAUCUUCCAGAAGCUCAUGUUCAAGAAUGCACCAACCCCACAGGAGUUCAAGGAAGGGGAAGAUGCGGUGAUUGUGUGUGAUGUGGUCAGCUCUCUGCCCCCAACCAUCAUCUGGAAACACAAAGGCCGAGAUGUCAUCCUGAAAAAAGAUGUCCGAUUCAUAGUCCUGUCCAACAACUACCUGCAGAUCCGGGGCAUCAAGAAGACAGAUGAGGGCACUUACCGCUGUGAGGGCAGGAUCCUGGCCCGGGGAGAGAUCAACUUCAAGGACAUUCAGGUCAUUGUGAAUGUACCACCCACCGUCCAGGCCAGACAGAGCAUCGUGAAUGCCACUGCCAACCUGGGCCAGUCUGUUACCCUGGUGUGUGAUGCUGAUGGCUUCCCAGAGCCUACCAUGAGCUGGACAAAGGAUGGGGAACCCAUAGAAAUCGAGGAGGAGGAUGAUGAGAAGCACAUCUUCAACGAAGACAGUUCUGAGCUGACCAUUAGGAACGUGGACAAAAACGAUGAGGCUGAGUACGUUUGCAUUGCCGAGAACAAGGCUGGCGAGCAAGAUGCAUCCAUCCAUCUCAAGGUCUUUGCAAAGCCCAAAAUCACCUAUGUAGAGAAUCAGACAGCCAUGGAACUAGAGGAACAAGUCACUCUUACCUGUGAAGCCUCAGGAGACCCCAUCCCCUCCAUCACCUGGAGAACUUCCACCCGAAACAUCAGCAGUGAAGAAAAGGCUUCGUGGACUCGACCAGAGAAGCAAGAGACUCUGGAUGGGCACAUGGUGGUACGCAGCCAUGCUCGUGUGUCCUCCCUGACCCUGAAGAGCAUCCAGUACACAGAUGCUGGAGAAUACAUCUGCACUGCCAGCAACACCAUCGGCCAGGACUCCCAGUCCAUGUACCUUGAAGUUCAAUAUGCACCCAAGCUCCAGGGCCCUGUGGCUGUGUACACAUGGGAGGGGAACCAGGUGAACAUCACCUGUGAGGUCUUUGCCUACCCAAGUGCCACAAUCUCCUGGUUCCGAGAUGGUCAGUUGCUGCCAAGCUCCAACUACAGCAAUAUCAAGAUCUACAACACCCCAUCUGCUAGCUACCUGGAGGUAACCCCUGACUCAGAAAAUGACUUUGGAAACUACAACUGUACGGCAGUGAACCGCAUUGGACAGGAGUCCUUGGAAUUCAUCCUUGUUCAAGCAGACACACCGUCUUCUCCAUCCAUCGACCGGGUGGAACCAUACUCCAGCACAGCACAGGUGCAGUUUGAUGAGCCAGAAGCCACAGGUGGAGUGCCUAUCCUCAAAUACAAGGCUGAGUGGAAGUCACUGGGUGAAGAAGCAUGGCAUUUCAAGUGGUAUGAUGCCAAAGAAGCCAACAUGGAAGGCAUUGUCACCAUCAUGGGCCUGAAGCCUGAGACGAGGUAUGCAGUACGACUGGCGGCCCUCAACGGCAAGGGGUUGGGCGAGAUCAGCGCAUCCACCGAGUUCAAGACACAGCCAGUCCAUAGCCCUCCUCCACUGGCUCCUGCUAACUCUUCCACCCUUGUUCCAUUGUCUGCACAAGCUAAAGGGGAACCCAGUGCACCCAAGCUGGAAGGGCAGAUGGGAGAGGAUGGGAACUCCAUCAAGGUGAACCUGAUCAAGCAGGAUGACGGAGGCUCCCCAAUCAGACACUAUCUGGUCAAGUACCGAGCGAAGCUUGCCUCUGAGUGGAAACCAGAAAUCCGGCUCCCUUCCGGCAGUGACCACGUCAUGCUCAAGUCCCUGGACUGGAACGCCGAGUAUGAAGUAUCUGUGGUAGCUGAGAAUCAGCAAGGAAAAUCCAAGGCAGCUCAUUUUGUGUUCAAGACCUUAGCCCAGCCCACAGCCAUCCCAGCCAAUGGCAGCCCCACCACAGGCCUGAGCACCGGCGCCAUCGUGGGCAUCCUCAUUGUCAUCUUCGUCCUACUCCUGGUGGUCAUGGACAUCACCUGCUACUUCCUGAACAAGUGUGGCCUGCUCAUGUGCAUUGCUGUUAACCUGUGUGGCAAAGCUGGGCCUGGAGCCAAGGGGAAAGACAUGGAGGAGGGCAAGGCUGCUUUCUCGAAAGAUGAGUCCAAAGAACCCAUCGUGGAGGUCCGAACAGAGGAGGAACGGACUCCAAACCAUGACGGAGGGAAGCACACAGAGCCCAAUGAGACCACACCGCUGACAGAGCCCGAGCUACCUGCUGACACCACAGCCACUGUCGAGGACAUGCUGCCUUCUGUCACCACCGUCACCACUAACUCUGACACUAUCACCGAAACUUUUGCCACUGCUCAGAACAGCCCCACCAGUGAGACCACUACACUGACCUCCAGUAUUGCCCCACCAGCCACAGCUGGGCCGGACUCAAAUUCUGUACCCACUGGUCAGGCCACCCCUUCCAAGGGGUCUGGUGUCACUGCCGCAUCCUCACCCCCAGCCUCGGCCCCAAAGGUUGCUCCUCUUGUUGACCUGAGCGAUACCCCAACCUCAACUCCCUCUGCUAGCAAUUUGUCCUCCACUGUCCUGGCUAACCAAGGAGCUGUACUCAGCCCCAGCACCCCUGUCAAUGCAGGGGAGGCCUCCAAGGUCCCUCCAGCUGGUAAGCAGUCCCCUGCUCCAACCUCCACCCCGGCUGGGGCAGCCAGCCCCUUAGCAGCAGUAGCUGCCCCUGCCACAGAAGCCCCCCAGGCCAAGCAGGAAGCCCCCAGCACCAAAGGCCCGGACCCAGAGCCCACUCAGCCUGGCGCCAUGAAGAACCCACCUGAGGCAGCCACAGCCCCCGCUAGCCCGAAGAGCAAGGCUGCCUCCGCCAGCACCACAAACCCUUCCCAGGGCGAGGACUUAAAAAUGGACGAAGGGAACUUCAAGACCCCAGAUAUUGACCUUGCAAAGGAUGUUUUUGCAGCCCUGGGCUCUCCUGCUCCUGCCACUGGAGCCAGUGGACAAGCCUCUGAGCUUGCUCCUUCCACUGCAGACAGCGCUGUGCCGCCUGCACCAGCAAAGACCGAGAAGGGUCCAGUAGAAGCAAAGUCGGAGUCCCAGGAGUCAGAAGCAAAGCCAGCACCAACUGAAGUCAAGACGGUCCCCAAUGAUGCCACACAAACAAAAGAGAAUGAGAGCAAAGCAUGAUGGGUACCUAGCAACAAGCAAAGAUCAAAAUAAAGUGACACAGCGGCUUCACCAGAGCAUCCCCAAAUCUCUCUCUCUUCCUCUCUCUCUUACACACAUACACACACACACACAUACACACACACACACACACACACACACACACACUCAUUCCUCUAGUGUCUUGCCUUUAAAAAAACAGAUAAACAUGGGAUCGCCUUUUUGUAGGUUUCUAGAAAGGGCUCCUUUGUUGCACACUCACUUCUAAAAAAAAUGAGACAAAAAGGUUAAACCCACAGCCAAAGUAGGACACUCCGUUCCCUGAAACCAUUUAAAAAUCGAACAAAAGGACCCCAAAUUAAGAAUCUAGGAAGCUCAGAAAGAAAAAAAGAAGACAAAUCUAGGUUCGGGAAGGCUGCAAUUGGUGUUACCCAAUUGGCACAGAUCAGUUUCAGAGAAAUGCUUCCAAGAACUCAGACUAACCGAAUGAACCAAGUCCGCAGUUUAUUUUUAUACUUUUAGUCAAGUUGGGACUCGGUAGAACCUCACAAAGAAGUUAUACUUUCUGUUCACUUUGUAUUUGUUCGGUAUGCAAAGUGUGGCACUCUAGCUAGCUGCCUUCAGUUCCCAUGUAGACUCCUGUUCCGUAGGAAGAAUGCCAAAUCGCAGCUUAUUCGAUUUCUUUUGCUUUUUUCUCCCACUGUUCCUUUUCUUUCCUUUUCUUCCUCUCUUCCAACUUUGCUUUCCAGUGUUUACAAGUUGACAGAUGUUUGACUUCGGUUGUGUUUAAUGUCUGUGUAAAAUAGCUGCCUUUUUUUUCCUUUUGAGCAGCAAGUACCCCCAUAGAGGCAGGCAGAAUCACCCCUGGUUGCUUUUAGCACAGGGCGAAGGUUACAAAAGAUGAUUGUUUACAGUGGGUCUACCCCUCCACCCCCACCCCCCACCAAUUCUGAUUCGUUGCAGUUUUUACCUGUGUCAAAGCGGGGUGAAAGCCCUCUCCUUGUGGAACGAUUUUGCCUUUUUCUUUCCUGUUUGGUUCUGUUGCUAUUAUUUCUUAGGGGGAGAGGGGGAUGUUAGACCACUUUCAGAUUAGCUGCCGCCUGCCUGUGUCUGAGACGCUGGACCUGCCUCCCAGGUGUCUGCACACCCUUCCUCUGAAGGACUCCUUUGGCUUUGUUGAAUGAAGCAGAGAAGAUUGUAUAGUUGGGGCUGGUCUUGGUGAACACACUUUUUUUUUUUACCCCAAACAUCCCCCUUUUUUUUAGAAAGCCAAAUAAAAUAUAUACAUGUCAUUUCCUUUUGAGCCCAGAAUCUAGAUUUGAGCGGAAGAGCACGUGUGCUUCAGGGAAGUAGUGUCUCCUUUUGGAAAUCUGUUGAAGUAAAGUGACAUCGGCCUUCUGUUCACUUAGGCAACAUUUGUAAAAACAAAUACUGUCUGGAGUUAUAAUACAACUUUCCUGGAUCGGAAACCAAGUGUGGGGGAAAAAUACAGAAACGUUCAGGGGGAUGGGAGGGGGGAGAAGGGAAAAGCCAGCCCUUUGUAUAGAAAUUUUGCUUUUGUUUUUCAUUCUGCUUUAGAACCGCAAGCUUGUACACUGUGGAUGCGUGAAUAUUUUAGUGUGAAACGUGUUUUUGUCAUAGUAUUGAAAUAAAACUUCAACAUAGUUUGGUUGUGGAAGGUAUAGCAGAUAGUUCAGAAAAAAAAAAGCUAUUCAGGAAACAAAAACCCGAAAUGUCAAAAGGAAUCAAAGCCUUUCAACAAAGAAAAAUGAAAUACAGGUGAUGCUGAUGAAGGGGACACUAAAGCCAACAGGCGUCCAUCCGACAGCACAGGUUCCUUUCCCGAGUACAAAGCAGCAAGAGGUUAGGGUGGCAGAUGGUCUCUGUGUCCACUUUGUGGGCCACACACCCCAAUUUUCUGACACUUCUGCAGUGUGAUCAGUGGCGAUGCUAGAUUAUAAUUUCAAACUGUGAAAAAUAAUGGUCUUGUCAUUUACUCAAUGUGGGGUUAUUUUGCAUUUUCUCAGCUCCUGGGGAUGGAAAUGGAGGGUUCCAGAACAUUCAGCCUGGCCCUUCUCUUCCCGGGGCCUGCACAGACACAUGUUUAACAGGUCCUCGGGACAAGCUAUCAGGAAGGCGACUCUGAGGGCACACAGCAGAAUGGGAGAGGUGGGUAACACCUGAGGCAGAGAGGUCCCAGUGAGGAUCAGACUCCUCUAGCCAUAGCCUGACCGGUGUCAUCUGUGUCCCAUAGUAUGAAGUCAGUGGCUUGACGGCUAGGCCAAGGGCACACUGACCUCCUCUGGAAAUGGUGUUUUUCACUCUGUUUGUGGUUCAACACAUUGAGUUCAGUUCUGAUGACUAGGACGAGACAAAACCACCCCAGAAUAACCUGGCCCAGGGUGGCUGACCUCCCGAACACUGGCCGUACCAUUUGCUGGAAUCAGACAGCCCACGCUUUGAUCUGCCUCUCUCUAUAUACAUAUGUUUGUCUCAUCAUGCAUGAGUUUUCCUUUCUUCCUUUUUUUAAAUAAGUAAUCUCUCUAAAAUCAAAGAGUCAAUGUAUUUCCCACACAUUCUAUCUUUUAUCUGAAGAGAUGAACAGUUUUCCUUGUGUGUGUGGUUUUUUUUUUAAUUUUUGGAAGGAGGGAUGGACUCGACCAGAUUCAUUGUCAAUGUGUCCUAUGUCUAUAUGGCAUACAUAUGUAUCACAUAAAGACCAGCAUGCCCAAGUUCUGUGGGAAGGCUACCCAGGUGCCAUGAGUGGGGUCUCCCAAUCCUGAAGGGCCACGGUGUAUUCAGUAGGACUCUGUGUUCUCUCUUUUCUAUGGAACCUCCACGUCCCAGGAUGUAUUCAGUAGGACUCUGUGUUCUCUCUUUUCUAUGGAACCUCCACGUCCCAGGAUGUCACCCCCCCUCAGCUGUCUGUCUGGAUGGUGGUGACCACACCUCCAUUAACAUCCUUACCCAGCAUUCUGUACUUCGGGGGCCUUCUCUCUUGUUAUAAAACUUUUUACUGAGUGAAACAUCAACACCACCUUUGUUUCCAUUCUCACUGCUGUAAAUACUGAGUACUAACUGAGAAUUUUGACUUUGCAUUCUGUCAGAAUACUUGUGUUCAAUAAAAUUGAAAGAAAAAAAACAA